AUGCUUUUUAAUGAAUGUUUGGACCCAACGUGGAAUUGGUUCUUUUUGAUUAUGGACAAAACUGAAGCUCAGCUACGCUACUCAAAUGUUUUAAUGAAUUCUUCAGUGGGUCGUCUUCUAAACCUAAAUCAUGUUGAUCUUUCUGAUCAAACUGAUGAACGACGUGAUGACCAACCACGAACAUUAGCAGCUGCCGCACAACGAAAUCGAGCAGCUGCUGAACAGAAGAAGCCUUUAACUAAGCGUGUUACAAUGGGAGCAAAACGUGGCGGUGAUUGA